CUGUGACUAGUAGACUUUUGUCAAAUGUACAUUUUCAUUUUGUUAUUCUUUAAUUAAAAUGGAGCGAGUGCAAGAAAUAUUUCGACAACGCCAAUCUUUGUCUUAUGAAAGAUUUUUAGAUUUUACACCAUUAAAUAGAGCACAAAAAAGUUAUCUCACAGAAGUGUAUGCUGUUUUAGGAGGAACGGUGUUAUUAUCAACAAUUGGAGUUCAAAUUUAUCGUUAUAUAUAUCCGAUUCCGUUUUUUUUAUGCGCUAUUGUACAAUUCUUUUGUGCAACAUAUAUAUUUUCAACACAAGGAACGUAUCAAUCCUAUAAAGAUUCCCAAUGUUUAAAACGUAUUGGAGCCUUAACUUCGUUGUCAAUGUUAUCUGGUUGUUCAUUGGCUCCUUUGAUUGAUUAUGCUAAUUUUUUGAAUCCUAAUAUUUUAUCAAGUGCACUUUUGGCUACAGCUGUGUCUUUUGUUUGUUUUUCUCUGGGUGCACUUUUCGCUAAAGAAAGAAAGUAUUUGUAUCUUGGAUCAAUUUUAACAUCGGCAUUGUCUUAUCUGUCUUUGGUUUCUAUUUUCAAUCUACUUUUCUCAUCGUCGCUAGCUCAAGACGUUGUUUUGUAUGCAGGGCUUUUUGUUUAUUUAGGAUUUAUAGUCUAUGAUACGCAGUCGAUUCUCCAUGAACACAAAUGUGGAACAAGGGAUCCAAUACUUCACGCUUUUACAUUUUAUGUGGAUAUUAUUGGUCUAUUUGUUCGAUUAUUGCAUCUUUUAACACAGCGGGAACAGAAACGAAUGCAGGAGAAGAAAAGAACCUAAAUCAUUGAUUUCACAUGAAUAAAUUUUAUUUCUGCUUGUUGUAGUGCUUAAAUAAGCGGUAUAUAUCAUCUAUUACGAUUUUUUCAAAUUAUUUGUAGUUGAUGUCUUAAAAGAUUCUUUUGUGAGAAACAACAAUAUUUAAAAUGAAUGAGUUUUGUUAAAAUUA